AUGUCUGUAAACCAGUCCUCUAAAGUUUUACAAACGACUUUGGUUCAUGUUUCUAACGUUCUACUUUCAGGAGACGACAAACUGAAGGUGGUGUGUUAUUUCACUAACUGGGCCUGGUACCGAGCUGUUGGAGGAAGAUUUCUACCCGAGGAUAUAGACCCCACCCUCUGUACCCACAUCAACUAUGCCUUUGCUACCUUGGACAGUACUUCAUUGACGUUAAAACCGUUCGACAGCUGGGCAGACAUUGAAAAUAAUUUUUACGAGCGAGUGGUGGCACUGAAAAACCGAAAUCCUCGACUUCGUGUUUUGCUGGCAUUAGGAGGAUGGACGGAUUCAGCGGGUGACAAGUAUACUCGUCUAACUGCCAGUGCAACGAAAAGACGGAAUUUUAUCCAACAAGCUGUCCACUUUCUACAACAACACCAUUUUGACGGGUUGGACCUAGAUUGGGAGUUCCCUGUUUGUUGGCAAUCUUCCUGUGGGUCAGGUCCUACAAGUGAUCGUUCGAAUUUUGCAACUUUUGUUCGAGAAUUACGAGAGGCGUUUGACCAAGUCCAGCCAACUCUCCUUUUGACUGCGGCCGUGUCUGCUUCCAAAACUAUCAUUGACAAUGCUUAUGACGUACCAUCCCUUGCCAAUAAUCUUGACUUCAUCAAUCUUAUGGCGUACGAUUAUCAUGGCUCCUGGGAAAAAAGAACUGGUCACGUGGCUCCCCUCUAUCAGAAGCUAGGAGAUCCGCUCAGUGCUAACUUUUCACUAACCUACUGGGUACAGAAAGGAGCUCCACCACAUAAGCUGAUACUAGGGACUCCAUUUUACGGCCGUAGCUUCACCUUGGCCAGCUCCAACAUGAAUGGAAUAGGCGCCCCAAGUAAUGGCGGCGGUAAAGCCGGACCACUGACCAAAGAAAUUGGGAUACUGGCAUACUAUGAGAUCUGUGAUAAGAUGAACAACCAAGCCUGGAGACAAGUGAAAGAUCCCUCUGGAGGUACUGGUCCCUAUGCCUAUCGGGAGGAUCAGUGGGUUGGGUUUGAUGACCCUGAAACUCUCUCCCAAAAAGCCAAACUGGUUCGUGAACAAGGAUAUGGAGGAGUCAUGAUGUGGACAGUGGACUUUGACGAUUUUAGCGGCAUCUGCUGUCAGAAACCCUUUCCACUUCUGAGAGCUGUUCAUUAUGGCUUAUUUGGUACAGGAGAUCCCCCAGAAACUUACAAAUGUGAAGAGAACCUAAUUAGCCGGGAACCUCCCUUUGGAAUCAUUGUCCCUGUAGCUCACCAGUAUCCCGUCCUAUUGCGAGCAGACCAAGUACCUCAAUGA